AUAGUCCAACCACCAGCAAGCUCUCCGAGCUAAAGGAUUUUAUUCAUUUCUUGUUUUUUUUUUUCUCCCUUUUUUCUUUUGCGAUUUUAUCCAUACACAACACUACCUGGCCUGUCCAGCUCGCAGCCUAGUCUCUUUCUAGAAAUUCUACUUUUUUCUCUUUUACCCCGGAUCAUUAUCAUUAUUUUUCAUUUCCACUUCGUUUUUGGAGCCGUUUGGAUUUAACUUAGGUCUUUUUUGCGGAUUUCCAGCCUGCUUGUGGCAGCAGACCGGGACGCACCAUGGCGCAUUUGAUAUUAACGUGUCUUUUACUGAUGAUAUGGGCCCAGACGGCCCUCUCUUUUGGGGUUUUUGAGUUGAAGGUCGACUCUUUCAGCAGCGCCCGCAGUGUGUGCGGCGGCAGAACGUCGUCGCCGGACUGCCAGAUCUUUUUCCGUGUGUGUCUAAAACACUGGCAGAACGUCAGCCCCGAGCCUCCGUGCACGUACGGCACCGAGCUCUCCGAGCUUUUCGACGCGGACUCCAACUCCAUCUCCAGCAGCGCGCCCAUCAGGGUGCCUUUCUCCUUCGAGUGGCCGGGGAAUUUCUCUCUGAUUAUUGAAGCCUGGAAUGCGGAGUCUUCAGGGAAAGAAUCCACAGGGAACCAGAACAACCUGAUCAGCCGCCUGGCGACCCGCCGCAGGCUCACUGUGGGGGAGGGCUGGUGGCAGGACGUGCACUUCGGCGACGGGAACGAGCUCCGCUACUCGUACCACGUGGUCUGCGACGAGCACUACCACGGCCAGGACUGCCAUACCUACUGCCGGCCCCGGGACGACCCCUUCGGCCACUACACCUGCAACUCGGCCGGGGAGCGCGUCUGCCUGCCCGGCUGGAAGGGCGACUACUGCACCGACCCCAUCUGUGCAGCGGGGUGCAGCGACCAGAAUGGCUACUGCGAGUCUCCAGGGAAGUGUGUGUGCCGGCUAGGCUGGCAGGGCGAGCUGUGCGACGAGUGUGUGGUGCACCAUGGCUGCCUGCACGGCACCUGCCAGCAGCCCUGGCAGUGCAACUGCAAGGAGGGCUGGGGAGGCCUGUUCUGUGACCAAGACUUGAACUACUGUACCAACCACAAGCCAUGCCAGAACAAUGCCACAUGCGCCAACACAGGCCAGGACAGCUACAUCUGUACCUGCCGACCCGGAUACAGUGGCAAGAACUGUGAGAUCGAGACCAACGAGUGUGACAGUAACCCCUGCAAGAAUGGAGGCAGCUGCAACGACAUGGAGAACGACUACUCGUGCUCGUGUCCCCAAGGGUUCUAUGGGAAGAACUGUGAGAUCAGCGCCAUGAAGUGCGCAGACGGGCCUUGUUUCAAUGGAGGCACCUGCGUGGAGAAGAGCACCGGUGGCUACAGCUGUCGAUGCCCACCGGGCUUCAUGGGCUCCAACUGCGAGAAGAAGAUUGACAGAUGUAGCAGCGACCCCUGUGCUAACGGCGGUCAGUGUUUGGAUCUCGGGCAUCGGGUCAUGUGUCGCUGUCGUCCGGGUUUCACCGGCGCCCGCUGCGAGACAAACAUCGACGACUGCGCCCGUAAUCCCUGCCACAACGGCGGCACCUGCACCGACGGCAUCAACGACUUCACCUGCACGUGCACGCUCGGCUUCACCAGCAAGGACUGCUCGGUGCGCGCCGACGCCUGCUCCCUGUUCCCGUGCGACAACGGCGGCACGUGCUACACCCACUUCACCGGGCCCGUGUGCCAGUGCCUGCCGGGCUUCAUGGGCGCCCGCUGCGAAUACCCCAUCCUCGCCACCAAGCCGCCGCGGCCCAGCAAACCGGGCCCGAAGGAUGACGGCUUCCCCGCCGUGCUCGCUGUGUCCUUUGCACUCGGCCUGGUGACGCUGACGCUGCUGGUGUGCGCCGCCAUCUUCGUCCUGCGUCAGCUCCGCCGCAGCAGGAACCUGAUGGCCGCCGCCUCCUCGGUGAAGAACGACCUGGAGACGGUGAACAAUCGCAACGCUGUGAUCGGCGGGGGUGGAGCCAACAGCGGGGGCUUACCGCCACUGGGCAGCCUGCGCGAGAAGGAGGCCUUCCUCAUCCCUGGCGGACACUUCAAAGUAUCCAAUAAGGACGCAGCGCUGGCAGACAGGGGCGGGGACAAGACGGCCAUGUACAAGAACAAAAUGGCCGACUACAACCUGGCAAAAGAGGAGGAUCGCCUGGGCAAGAACAAGUUUGACCUUAAAAAGUGUGACUCGUCCAUCAUGGUUCCUCCUCUCAGUUUCCCUAAAGACAGUUUGUACCACCCAGUGUUCAUCAUCCCUGAGCAGAUGGAGCAGUGUGUGUUCGCUACUGAGGUAUAACCUCCAGUUUUGAGACCGGCAGAGGAGCAGAAGAUGUUUGAAUCUCCGCAAGGCCUCCAGCUGAAGGCCUGACCCGUUUACAAUCUGCCAAGGACAAUUCUUCCCAGAUGAUUUAUUCUACACAUGUAUAUUAUUUAAUAUUUAUUACUGCUGCUCAACGGAGAGGAACAAGAUAGGACUUGGUCAUCUUUUUUUGUUCUUUUUUUCCUUUUGGUCUGAUGACAAUGACUCUGAAAAGGAAAUGAGGCGUGGAGAGAAGAGGAAAGACCGAAUUUCCAGCAUCAUUUGCACUAUUUAUCUUUUUAAAAAUUUUCUUAAAUUUUAAUAUAAUUUUGCUGUCUUUAUAUCUAACUUAUCUUUGGAUCAAACAUGAAUGAGAGGAAGAAAAAUGAGGAUUUCCCAACCAAUCAGAAAGACCGGUGCCUUAGAAACAAUCCCUAAAUGACAUUGCAACCGUGUACUUUACAAUCCAAUAAUCAGAUAUCAAUCAAUUCAUGAGAGGACCUGCUCACAGGAGAGGGAGACGAGGAAGCAGUGAUGCCAUGACCAUUUUCUGGUUUUUGGUACAUCAUUUUUGUGGAAAACAUUCUGAACUCUCACUCAAAUAAUAAUAAUAAUAAAAACAAGAUUGUAUUUUUUUCUGGCUGAAAGCUAAAGUGGACACUGAAAACCACGGUGUCAGUUUGCGUCGUACGAGAUGCAAGUGACUUGUUGUGAUAAAUGUUCACUCCAUCCAUUUUAUUUUGGUUUCUGUGGAAGUAAAUCACAUUGUGGCCUGUUCAGGCAGAAUGCCGUGAGCUUUGCAAUCACUAUUCAAUCCUACUCUGAAGUGCCUCUUGUGGAAACUGCACCAGGCCUUAAAGCCAGUGAUUACUGUGCUCACUCUUAACGAGGAGGAAGUGUAUUCUAAACAGGUGAUGCAGUGGAGACGAUAAGUGUUCCUUAUUCUGGUGUUUUCCCAAAUGUUUGUGUUUAAUGAGAGGAAUGUUUCAUAAUCCGUGCCAGCAAUCACAUUUGUAAUCCAUUAUGAAUUCCGUCCUUGUGAAAGCUUCCAUUCACAGUUGAAUUACACACCUUUGCUGGUAAUUCUCCAACUCCAUUAAUGAUCAGCUGCACCUGUAUGGUCUUAAUCCCAAUCCAAUCCCAGGCUUAACAAAGCAGAGAGAUGGUGUACGACUGAUUCUCUGCUGCUUGGCAACAAUCAGCUGUUUUAUGUUUUCUGUCUCAUGAAUUGAGGAUUUACUCACAAAACAGCUGAAGCUGUAGUUUUAAGAUGUAAAGAAAGGCAUUGUUUUGCCUGGAUGGAUGGGGGUUUUUCAGGAACCAUCUGUUUUGUUCUUUUUUUUUUUUUUUUGUCUUUUUCAUGCUGGCAACUCUACCUGCUCUUCCACUGCUUUAGAGUUUUUAGAAUCUAUUUUUUCUACAAAAAAAAGACAAAAAAAAAAAAAAAAAGACAAAAAAAAAACAAAGUCUUAACUGAACCAGACAGAUGAUUCAGGAAGGUUUUAUUAUUAUUAUUAUUUUUAUUGCUGCCUUUAUAAACAACUGCUAUCAUAGCAAAUGAACACAGAGAAGCACCCGGUGUUGUACAGCAACAUUCCCAAGACUCAACAUGAAGCUUUGAGUUGCAGAGAAACUUUGAUGCACAGCUGUUUGAGUCUGAACACUGUAUUAAACUUCAGCUCUGGGUGU